AUGACGCGCACCAGACCGGACCAGAAGCUUAAGGCGCAACAGCUUCCCAUGCUGCGACCAUUAGGCAAAUCCGAACAGCUCUCAGCGGUAUCCCACGCACUUGGCUUCUUCAAGAAUGUCGGCAUGUCUGCCCAAUACAACUUAUCCAAUAGUACCGAAUCGCCCGAUCUCCAACGCGUAGUUUAUGCAGCUUUGGCGGAUGUCGUGGGGAAGCAUGCUAUUCUAUCGGCCAUUCCUGUUGAUGAAGCGUCUCCGGAGGCUUACUUUGCGAGGCUGGAGUCGAUCGAUCUUGCUAGGUGCGUCUUCUGGAGGAGAAGGACUGGGGCUACUGCUCAAGGAGAAGCAGAUCUCGAGCUCGACACCAUACUGGAAGAACAGCACAAUACCGACUUCAAAACCAAUUAUGGUGACCUGCCUUUCUGGCGCUUGAUCAUCCUUCAAGACGCUGGUAGCGAACUCAGCUUCACUGCAUCCUUCAUCUUCCACCACAGUCUCGGCGACGGCGCAACGGGGUCAAUCUUCCACAGUUUCUUCCUGCAAGCGCUUAACACCGCAAUCUCACUCCCCUCUUUCGUCGCGCAAAGCAGCUCGAUCGUGACCAUCGACGCCAACAUCCAGCUUCUCAGCCCUCUAGAACAGCUCCAUCCUUUACCUAUCAACGAGAACCUGCGAGACCAUCGAGCUGAUGGAGGGAAGGGACUGAAAGAGUGGUUCGGCAACCCCAUUCAUACACCGCUGGAAACACAUUACAAAACACUGUACUUCUCGCCCACAACCACUGCAAUUUUUGCAAAAAGGUGUAAGCACAACGGCAUAACAGUAACAUCCGGUCUCACCGCCGUCCUAGCGGGCGCUCUCCUCUCUGCUCUACCAGAAGAUAUCGAAGCACUCACAGGUAUCAUACCCAUCAACCUCCGUCCGUGGCUCAACCUUCCCGCGAACUCAGCAGACGGCGCAAUGGGCAGUUUCAUCGACGCGAUGAAAGUGCAAAUACGGCGAUCGCAGUACGGACAAAGCGGUGACGACCACGUAGACAGACCGCAUGGUCUGCGCGCCGCACACCACACAUCUCGCGAAAUCUCGUCCUAUCUCGCCAACACCUCACCAACCGGCGAACCAUACACCUCCAUCGCGCCCUUUAAACUCAUACCUGAUGUUGCUGCAGUCUUCUCGUCCCUCCUAGGUGUCGAACUUGGGGCGCUUUGGUCCUACGCUUGCUGA